GGUGUGUUGUAAGUUAAUCCGCUUUUAAUUUAGCAAUCAUAUACUCAUUGAGAAUUCUGAAGAUCAACCAGUAUUACAUCAACGACAUCAAAUGUAAACUUUUGCGAGAACCGUCAGCUCAGUUAAGGAAAACAGUAAAGAACUUCACCUGCCGUUCCUGACACUUCUGCGCAAGAGAAAGCCUGUUAAGUAGGAAAGUUGGGCUACAUUUCACAGAUCAUUACCUCUGUACCUGUUGAGUACAAGGAUACCUACACCUGUAUGUCAGAGAGGUUCAAUGAAAGAGAGAAAAAAAAGGGAGUUAAACUGGUAGAAAUUGGUAUCAAAAUAUGGAAGAGAAAUACUACAACUCCCAUGAAUUACAGUGUGUAUUUUAUGUGGAGGUGCUGCAGACCUAGUACAUUUGUACCUUCAAAGUUGUAUAAUUCUUUGCAAUGGAUAAUCUUUCUCAACUUGCCCUCCAGUCACAAACAGUUUGUGGUGCUAUACAUUUCCUUUUGUUCCUGAUCUCCUGGCCAACAAUAAUUGGUUUGCUGAGGGACUUACUUGAUAAGGAUAGAUUGACUUUCAAUUGUGACCCUAAGCCCAGUGACUUCGUUAAACAACUCUGCUAUGGGGAUUACAUCUCCACGGUCAGCCCACUGUUGGUGCCCCUGGAUUUUGCUUACAUAACAGUCUCAAUCCAGGGCUUUUUCUGGAUGGCAUUCAUUCUGUAUGGUGUCCUGGCCCGACGGCAAAUCAAAAUGCAGCAAGACAGUGAAAGGAAGGAAAGUCUGGGGAAAAGGUUUACACGGAUAUUUUUAUUCCAUGUGUGCAUUCAAAUUGUUGUUCUCAUGGCUAUGAUGGUGGUCUUCUGCGUCAUCCAGACUAUUAAUUUUCCAGAAGUGUACACAUGUUCACGGAGAAACAGCACAAAGAUCCCAGCAAACCAGAUUAAGAAUAUAACCUGCAAUGACUUGCAUCAUAAGCAAAAAUCCAAGCUGAACGUUGGCAUCAUUGCAAUCAUGGCAAUUUCUAUCAUUCUUUGUGUGGUUGCAAUUACUCACCUGUUCUGCACAAGGAAACAUUUUCUGAAGCAGUUGCUUGGAGAUCCGGAAGGUGACAAUACUGAAGACACAUCAGAAAAUAAUCAAGGCUCCAUUGUUUCACCAGGAGAGGAUUUUGAGAUGUUACCUGCAGAAGACAUUUCAGCAGGAGAGGAGAGUUGUAAACAGGAUGAUCGUUCAGAAAACAAACGACGAAGGCUUCCAGAACCGUUGAAUGUCGAGAAUUGCCAAGAGCAGCUAAAGUCUUAUUAUCGUACCUUCAGUAAAGUCAAAAUCGUUCCAUGGGACGACAGCUCUUCCAUUCAGAUUGAUGAGAUCUACACACCUUUGCGUUGGGUCAGAGAUCACAGGAAGCCCAGUGGAGUGAGACAAGAGGUACUUGAAGACUACACCGACAUGUUCAAGGGAAACCCAACACGAAUUCUUGUUUAUGGUCGGCCAGGAAUUGGCAAGAGUACGUUUUGUAAAAAGGCUGCAUAUGACUGGUCGAAAUCCUUAAAAGAAAUCAUGAUGAACUUUUACAUUUUGCUUCUGAUUAAGUUGCGAGAUGUUUGUGAUUUGGAAGAUAUCCGUAAUGUUUUACUUGCGUCUAAACUGCUGGCCGGUGAUGGUCCGAUCUCAGUUGACAGUCUUUAUGAUUACAUAAUUAACCAUCAAGAUAAAGUGAUUUUCAUUUUGGAUGGCUUUGAUGAGUACAGCUGUGCAAAAGAACACUCACCCAUCCUUGAAAUUUGGAAGGGCGAGCAACUAAGAGAUUGUCACGUCAUUGUCUCCACGCGACAAAUUAAAUGUGACGAGAUAAGAGGCCCCAGCCACGUUCAGUUUGAAAUUGGCGGUUUCAAAGGCUGGGGACGAAUCGAAUCCUUUGCGAGAAAGUUUUUGGCAGGCGAGGAUAUUCAAGAGUUCAUGUCCUACUUAAGGGAGAAAGAUCUCCUCGACAUGGCAGAGAUACCUCUCCUCCUAGUAAUGCUGUGCCUUUUGUGCAAAGAGAAACGUCCUGAAGGACUGCCAACAGCACGGGCCAACAUUUACACGCAAUUUAUUCAAACUAUGGUAGAUCACAAAGAUGAAAGUCAACAGCCUAUACCAUUUCAGAAAGUGACUUCAACAGAAGCUACAGAAGAUCUCAGCAAUCUUGGAAAGGUUGCCUUCGAUGCACUGCUACAAGACCGUCUUUACGUACGCUGCAGCGAACUCGCCGACAGUAUUUCAAGAACUUUUGAAAAACUUACUGAAGUUGGACUUUUCCAGAUUGUCAACAUGACGAGUCUGAAUCGCGAGAAAGGGGCCUAUUUCAUUCAUAAAUCCAUACAGGAGUUCCUUGCAGCCUGGCAUAUUAAGGAGGAAGUGCUUUCGAUUGAAGGAGACAGUACGCUUAGCUUGUCCAAAGUUGACUCACUUGAAAAGUCCUUCAAGAUGAAUGAAGUUCUCAAAUUUGCCUGUGAGCUGUCAACAGAAGCAGCGUGCACAGUUUUCCAUCAUCUUGAAUCUGUUGGAAGAAAGGAAUCUUUGUCGGAGUUUAAAUUCAUUGAGCCGCUUCAGUCGAUUAAAGACCUCCCUAAGGAUCUACAACAGUAUCUAAAGCUAAUUUCACACAGUUAUUUUUGUUGCUCGGUCGAGAAACGGCGAGAUCUCUUAUCCACCUUUUUAUCUCUCACUGGUGGUAUCUUGCCUCUUGAUUCUAACCAGCUGAACAUUGUUGCAAAUGAACAGUUGCUGAACUGUGCCGUGAUACCCGAGUUCAUCUUUUUCUUUAACGAUGAAAGGAAUUCAGAGAAAAGCCAUCGAGACUUGAUCACUGUAGCGGAACACACAAACGCUGUUGUGUUGAGCUGUUCGGGCGAAAAGAAAGCCGCUGAUUUUUUAAUGAAGUAUUCGCAUGAAUUUUUGGACGAUUUCUUCUUGAAGAAAGAAGGAAAAAUUGUCCUUUAUGUCUGUGAAAUACGUAGAGAGGGAAGUGAUGAUGUUACUCUGUUUGAAAUGCUGCGAGAGUUGAUUUCAUCAACAGCAGAGUCUACUCAGCGGAAGUGCCUCGGUGAUCCGUUGAAUGAACAUGACAACCAAACAGCUUCGUCUUCGACUGAGAAAAUUGAUAGUAUCACUGGUCGGACUCCACACAGCUUUUCCUGUACGAGGAAUAUUUAUGUUUUUGACAUAGAAAAGCAAGAGAUGGAGGUGUUAGUUAAUUUAUUACCAAUUUGCUCUUCUCUGCGAGAAAUAGUUAUUGGUGGUAAACCCUUUGAAACCCAUGAUGCUCAGUUGACAGAGACCCUGGUGUCUGGUAUCAUCUUCACCGACAGACUUGAUAGGUUAGAACUUUGUGAGAUCAAUUUGACAGCCAAACCUGCCGAAGCCAUCGUCAGAUCUCUGCACCAGGCUCCUAGCCUGAGGGUGCUUGCACUGUCAGGUAACCCUCUUGGUGAAGGAGUAAAUUUUCUCAGUCAACAUCUCAGCUAUGUUUCUCACCUGGACCUUCUGGAGCUUUGUGAUGUUAAAAUGACAAAGGAACAAGUGAAUGAUCUGAGUGCAGCUGCACGUCAGAGUAACAUCCCGUUCGAUACAAGUUACCACGAUGAGAAAGGAAAUGUCAAACCUGAGAAAGAUUGGCCAACAGAUGAAUAUUGGAAGUGGAAGGAGUCUGGUAGAGUUUCUGACUCAGACGACGAGAAGGAGUCUGGUUCAGUUUCUGACUCAGACGACGAGUGGGAGUCUGGUUCAGUUUCUGACUCAGACGACGAGUGGGAGUCUGGUUCAGUUUCUGACUCAGACGACAAGAAGGAGUCUGGGUCAGUUUCUGACUUAAACGACGAGUAGGUGUCUGGGUCAUCUUAAACUGAGGAAGCUUAUCACUAAUCAGAACUUGCUGGUCAGCCAGGCCAUUCUUCUUAAUAAGGAAAUCCGUCAGAACUGUAAGGUCAGAGAACUUUCUUCGUAAACCGAGGGAAUACAUUUUAAGGAUUAUUAUUUUUAUUUUUUUAAUCCAAAGCUUCAGUGUGCUGCCCUCUCCAAUGAAGUUCUUAAACGAUCAAAAAAGGUUAAGAGAACAUGGUGAAUAUAAUAUACGUCCCUUGGAUGAGAUUGGAAAAGUUUGAUUUGUUAUGAUUGUAGCUUCAUUUAACCAUCUGCUAAAAUCGCGAUUUUUUUAUUGGAUAGUAACACUUGACCCCUUUUCGGAUUUGAGCUUCAAAGUAGUUUGCAUUUUUUUGGGUAAAAAAGAUGGCUUUCAUCAUCAUUUUGUAGUUUAAUGAGCUAGGAUGUGAGCUGCUUAUACAGUCCUGUUUGUAGUCACACUAGGUGUGAAUAUGUUGCAUUUCCUUUGAUGUAAACUGGAGAGAUCUUUCUAGCAAUUUUUUCUCGAUAAAUAUGAGUAAUUUCCACAUUGGAAAAGAGAGAACUUGGCACAGAUAGAAGUUUAGGAAAUGCUGAGACACACUGUGAGUUGUGUCUCAAAAUUAGCAUCUUAGAGAAAGAUGUCGUUUGUCUUGUCUCGAGCCUGGGACUAAGAAAAAAUUCUGAGUCCCCAUGAGGAAUCAAACCUCAGACCUUUGGAUUCUGCGCUCCGAUGCUCUACCACCGAGCCACACAUACUCUAUGGUGAGCAAGGCUCAUUACGAAGGAAACUAGCAUCAUUAGCAUUUACCAUGUAAACAAAUCUGGCAUCUUAAUACUUGUUACAAAUAUGCUUAACUUGUAAAGUACUGUUUCCUAAAUUGUAGUAAAGAAUAAUAGGAAGAGUGUAUCACAAUUGGAGAUUAAACGUAGUCAAAUUAUUAUAAGAACGCUUUCCUAUUUUUGUACUGAAGAGAAUUCAGGGUGCUCCAUUUUUGUAAUCGUAGAUAUAGCGUAGACUGAAUUUUUUUUAAUGGGUAACCAUGAUAAGAUAAGAUAAGAAGGUUAACCGUAGAAAAACGUCUGGUGACCACGAAUAUUGACCUAACCGAAAAUCGGGCAAAAAUCGUAAUAGUAAUCACCUCAUUGAGAUCCUCUAUUAAAUGUGUGAUGUUUUGGCAUGUUCAUCAAUAAGCUCUAACUUUAAGGUUGAAAUUGAACUAAUUCGUGUAGGUUCUCCAAAAGAAUUGAAUUUCUCAUGUUGUGUUUGGUUAACUUAACGGCCAACGAUAUUUUUACUGAACUGGUCACAAGGGAAACGUUGGAAGCCCUGUUCCUGUAAGGAGAGGUCACCAGGCCAUUAGGGUGUGGUCCAUGCCUUUGCAGUCAAAAUUAGAGUCCUAUUUCUUUUUUAGUGGGGGGUGGGGGGGGGGGCAGUGUAUCCAUUGGAAAUUUAGAUUUUACAAGUCAAAAGUGUUGGACAUAAACUUUUUUAUUUUUAUUGAGUACAUGAUGACUAGCUGUAUCACCUCACCUGAUGUGUAAGGUCGUACCUGAGUGGUAAAAUUUAUCAUUUUAUUUAUCAUUAUUCGGCUUAUUUUUCGAAAAGAUGAAAUACAUUUUGUUUACGUUUUUAACUUUGAAACUUCCUAACCAUUAAAUAUAAGUGAAAACUGAUUAGCUUCAAAGAUAUUGUAAGCAAUGAAUAAACUGAGAGAAACAAGGAAUUAAAAUAUUCUUGUCUUAAA